GGCGUCGUGCAGGAGCGCAGGAGUAUCCCUCUAUUCCUCUGUCACGUGUGAAAUGAAACAUAAUCCGAGAGGCGUACAAGUCUGACUCCGGGUCGGUAAGAGGGCCAGCAAGAGCGCCAAUGUGAAACCAGCCUACAAUGUAACAGCUCGCUUUCUUUGUGUAACUUUGUGAUAGCAAAGCACAAGCACCUAGUGCACCUAGUGCUGAGCAGAUCAGUGGGCAUGGCGGCGCUGAGGCAGCGGACUGCGUGGCUCGGAAUCGGGGCGUUUCUGCUGUGCGUGCAGGGCGUCUGGGGCUUCUCAGUGGCAGGGCAGGACGGCACGUGUGAGGCUAACGGCUCGGUGUACUAUGUGGGAGAGUGGUACUUCCUGGACUCGGAGCACUGCACGCAGUGUGAGUGCACGGCGGAGGGAGCGCUGUGCGCGCGGACAGAGUGCACCGCGCUGCCCGCCGCCUGCAUCCACGUGAGCCACUACCCGAGCGACUGCUGCACGCGCUGCGAGAGGAUCGGCUGCGAACACCGGGGCGAGGUGUACGAGCUCGGCCAAACCUUCCAGCCAUCAGAAUGUGAGCAGUGCACCUGCGACAACGACGGCAUUGCCAGGUGCCUGGUAGCGGACUGUGCCCCCCCUGCAUGUGUGAACCCGGUCUUUCAGAGAGGGAAGUGCUGCCCAGACUGCAAAGAUGGUCCCAACUGCUAUGUGGACGACUCUCGGGCGCAGAUAAUCCCCGGAGGCGAGGCAGUGUGGGUGGAUUCCUGCACCAAAUGCCGAUGCCAUGACGGGCAGGAUGCCGGCUAUUGGGAGGGCAACCGAGUGGCCACAUGUACCCGCCUCCGCAACUGCACAGUCAGCGAGGGGGAAAACUAAAACUCACACACUCUCCAGUAGCAGAAGGUGAAGCUCAGCAGGGCCUGCAUAUCAAGCUGAAGAUGGCUUGUGCUCGCGUAGCUGAUUGUAGCCUCUUGUAGCCUUUGUGAUUACAAACAGUAGUCUUGUAUAACGUGCCCAACAUUGAGGUUAAAUGUUAAAUGACACGGCUGAAUGUCGCUUUGGCCUUGUAAGCGAUGUUCCCAAAUUAAGCCCUAGUAUGUAGACUGUAGUAAGGACCAAAAGUAUGAGCACACUUCCAAAAAUAUUUAAUCAGCUAUUCAAAACUAAUACAAAAUCCAAAACCAAUAGCAAUAGUGUUAGACAUUGUUUAGUAACUAUGAGACUCUAUGAAUUGGGUGCCAUACGUGUGACAUCAGUCUUUCUUUUCUUCUUGAAUGUUGUUUAGCCUUAUUGCAUAAGAAGUUAGAUUUAGGUACAGAUCUGUAAAAAUACAUCGUACAAUGCACACAUGCAAUACACAGAGCUAGAACUGUUAAUGGUUUGUAUAAUAAAAUGCACUGUCCUGUAUUUCCUCCAACAUUUCUGUUUAAUUUGCCAUCACAUCAGUUGAAGUCUUCUGCUGUUAGUGGUUACAUGUAAAUACGUUUUCAAAUAUUUACAGGAAAAAAAAACAUGACACGAAACAAAAUCAGAGCAAUAUUCCAGAAACUGAAAAUGAUUCUGCAAACGAUUCAACCUGUGCCUUCAAACUAUGAGUCAAUUCAUGAACAAGUUUCUUCAGAGAAUCCCAGAUUUUGCAUUGGAACCUACAAUAGGUACAGUUGUUAAACAGAACUGAUGUGUGAUUAUUUGCUCAUAUAACAAUGCACAUAUUAUACACUUAAUGAUUACAUAAUCAUAUACACAUGUACAUAAUCAUAAAGUUUAAGCAUGUGUGCCUGAGGUUCCUGCAAACGAAAUAAAACAAACAAAAAAAAGACACUUUGUGGUUAACAUUUACUCCAGUUCCAUGCAGGCAUGGAAGUAGCUUUUUCAGAAUUUUCAGAAAUUCACUCCUUUUUUUUUAUUAAACAGUGUAAAUCAACAUUGUUUUGAUUUGUCCUGUAACUCUGAGAUAUACUGAAGUACACAACAAUAAAUAAACCACUUUGAAUAAA